AAAACAAAACCUACCUAUAAAAUGACCUAAUUAAGUAUCACUUUGGCAUCACAAUAUACGUACAUACAUGAAACUCUUCAUCUUCCUCGACGGCAACGCAAAAGCUCGUUUAUUCAGGUUAAAAUUUUUUAAAUCAUGAAAAAAACAUCAAAAACCCGAAGAAGGAAGACGGGGUCUACAUCAAUCUCUUCUUCGCAACCUUUUCUUCCUCUAGAAAUCAUCACCCAAAUAUUGAUCCGACUACCUAUCGAAUCAUUGCUGCGAAUGAAAGCCGUUUGCAAGUCUUGGCAUGACUUAUUAUCUAAAGAUCGUUACUUCUUAGAAAAUCACAUCCUUCAUUGCUCUAUUCAUCUAUAUCAGGAUGACGAAUUUGAAUUAGUCUGCGGUCAAGAUGGCUUGGUGCUUACGAAAAGCAAGGUUACAUCGAAGUACUGGAUACACAACCCGAUCACCAAGCACAGCAUGAUUCUACCUGAUCCGCGUCAUAAGGAUCACAUAUACAUGAAAAUGUUAUAUGUCCCAUCUACUAAUGAAUAUAAAUUAGUAAGCGCAUACGCUAAUGGGGUUGAUAAUGAGGGUUUCGAACUACUCACUCUUGGGAGUGACACUUCGUGGAGAACCCUAUCGUUUUCCCCAUCGUUUACCAAUAUGAGCCGAAAGAAAGAAGAAAUUUCAGUUGUUAGAACCGUUAGCACCCUUCACGUUGUACGCGUAAACAAGAAAGGAGCUAAAAUGUGCAAAGAAAUGAUAUCUUUCGACUCAGAGAGCGAGACUUUUACUAGAACUGUUUUGCCGCAAUCCAUGUUUUCAAAUUGGAGCAGAGUUUGGAUUCUACAAUGGAAUGCGGAUUUGGGAUUCGGUCACUUGGAUGAACAAGGAAGCUUUCAUGUGUUUGUGCUCAACGAUUACAAGAAUCUCGAGUGGGAUAAAGAAAUAGUGUUCCCAUUCGGGGUUGGUUUGAAGAUCAAACCGAAACUUUUCGGAUCAUUUUUUCCUCUGAGAUCCAUUCAUGGUAUCUUUCAUUUUUUUGUGACACGGCCUAGAAAGAUUAUAGUUUACAAAAUUGCAUCUAUGGAAGAAGUAAAAAUAUUCUCAAUACCGAACACUACCAAAGACGAUGUGAAUUUUUUAGGCAGCAUCAGCUUACAUAAUUUGCCAGGAAUGAAACCGCAAGUUAAUUAACAAUCAGCAAAGAUUAUUCAGCCCAUCCAUCAGAAUAAAGGUACGCAAGAGUUUAAUUAGUUAGUUGUUUUUUAUUUGAAAUAUCUUUAUGCAUAUUAAUUAAUAAAAACCAUUCCAUUUCCAUUGAUUAAUAUAAGCAGUUGUUUUUAUUAUUUUCAA